AUGUUUCCUAUAUCAGUCCAUGCCCUCAGGGAAUAUCACGGGCUCCCUGCCCCCCAAGAUAUUCGAGUUCCUACAGCCAGCAAGCUUGCCGCGCUCUGCACCGGGAUACAUCCGCGACACUACAACCUGGGUCUUGCAUAUCCAUCAGAAGCACCUGUAUUCUGGAUCAAGUACGGCCCUUCAAUCACCUGGAAUGAGGUGCCCGCCCAGGUCAUGGCAUACGAAGAGCUACGACGGCUUUCAUCGCCAGUUAAGGCACCCGGGAUAUUUUAUGCUUGCGAUUUAGAACUACGAGGAGCCCAGCGCGAACGUCGUAAAUCGUAUAUCGUCAUGCAAUAUAUCCCAGGUAAAACGGCGGAUGAAUGGCUGAAGAAUAUUGAGGAUCUUGCUAGAGCGGAUUCUAUAUAUUCCCAUAUUGCCUUUGCUCUUUCCGAACUCCACCGCAUCCCUGUCCCGCCUGGGUCUCGCCCAGCUGCGAUCAAUGGAGGAAAGAUUCGACAUUCCCUUUUCGAUGACCAGGAUGCUCCACGCCACUACCAGGAUGUUGAACAAUUAGAGGACCACCUCAACCAGUUUCUCACAAUCACAAAGAAAAAGGAUCGAGUCGAGGGGCCGUCGCGCGAACCCCUAGUCUACGGUUAUUCAGACGUGUGGCUCGAAAACUUCAUAAUCAGUGAAAGCGGCGACAUUGCCGUCAUUGAUUUCUCCGAUACGAGCAUCCUCCCGUCUAGUUUCUCCAGGUUCGUCCUCUCAGGUGCGCAGUCCAAGAUUAAACGCGACAUCAGCGGCCUAGUGCAGGUCCCCACGACCGACGGCGUCGAUAACACUCUCGCGCUGCGUGCUGCCGCCGGGCCUAUGGUGAUGGGCCCGAGUUCAUUUGCGUCCUUGGGUCGAAAAAUGCUUGGAGGGGACGUCGAGACACAGGAGAGCUUUGACCAGUAG